UAUUAUUAUUAUUAUUAUUAUUAUUAUCAUUGUUAUAUCAACUUAGUGUGACCUGCCUAACUGGAGGGUAAGGCUAAUCCCACCUUAACCCGGGCUCCCCCCAAGACCACCUACUCUAUACAGGUCAACACACAGAUAAGUGUAAAGAAAUUAAACAGAGACGUGGCUUCGAGUCCAAUUGUAUGAAAAUUUAUUUAAAAAGAUCAAUUUAUAAAAAUGACAGUGGCAUUGUAAUACAACCAGAGAUCAAAUUAUUAAUAUAAUAAAGUUAAUAUCUGCCAAGUAGGUAUUUAAGAGUUAAAAUGCCUCACACACCCUCACGAUCAUGCUGUGUCUGUGCGUAUAAUAAAAAAAAAUAUAUUCAAAAUACUCACUCUAAAGGAAAACAAAAAAAAAACAUAUGAUUAACAAGCCAGGCUGACUGGUACAGGAUAACCGCUUUUUCCACGACUAUAUCGCCAUGUGCCUUCACAGCACUGCCACCACUGCAAACACACACGCACACACACACCAAACUAACACCUCUAGGUGCCGUGUAAUACUUAUCUGCAUGCCGGUGCACAACAACCCUUCUACAUUAGCAUCGGCAUGUCUUUGUGAGCAUGUUAGUGUGCUAAUGUUAGUAUUUAGCUUAAAGCACAGCUGUGCCAAUGCACAGUCUUAUAGAGCAUUGCUGUAGUCUUGUUUUACAGUAAAAUACUGAUUAUGCUACUUUCUGCUGUUUGACUGAUGAUUCACUGGUGACAGCAAUUAACAGAGUUGAUUACAUAAGUAAACUGAUGACAUAAACUAUGAAAUUUUGAAAUAGCCUGUAUGAAUAUCCAAUUCAUGACCAUGUGACACAGCCACCUGCACUCAUCCCACAAUGAAAGCUGCAUAUAUAAAUGACUCUCACAGUACAACUCACUUUAGUGCACUGCAUUUUAGGCCUGUCAUCUGAGGUGAGUUUGGUCACAGCAACAUUUACCAAACAAUUAAAACGUGUCAUCCUUUAUUAUUAUAUAUUUUUCUUUUUACAUUUAGGGAAACAGAUAUCCACAAUGAGCCCUGAAGAGAAAGCUGCCACCAUAUUUAAUGCCACAUUUGUUCGCCCUGCAAAAUUCUAUAUCAGUGGAUUUAUUAACAUUCCUCAUGUUAAGUAUUACUAUGUAUUCCUGUGUUUUGUUUAUGUAAUGACUGUUCUUGGGAAUGUUCUUCUCCUCUCAGUUAUCUACCUGGUCGAGACUCUUCAUACUCCUAAAUACAUGAUUGUGUCCAACCUGGCUGUGACAGAUUUGUGUGGCAGCACUGCUCUUAUUCCAAAACUCUUAGACACAUUUUUGUUUGAUAACAGGUACAUUGUCUAUGAGGCUUGCUUGAGUUAUAUGUUCUUUGUUUUAUUCUUUACAGGUAUACAAUCAUGGACACUUGUCACUAUGGCAUAUGACAGAUUUAUAGCAAUUUGUUUUCCUUUAAGGUAUCAUAUUAUUGUGACUAAACCAGCUAUUACUGCAAUGCUGCUGUUUGUGUGGGUUUCUUUAUUGACUCUUGUAGCAUUUACUGUUGGGCUUUUUGAUCGCCUGUCUUUCUGUAGAUCUUUGGUGAUAAGGAGCUUUUUCUGUGAUCAUGGGCCAGUAUAUUAUCUGGCCUGUAAUGACACUUCUUUAAAUAACAUAAUGGCAUAUGUUGCUUUCAUUAUAUUCCUCUGUAUUCCUCUUAUACUAAUAGGAAUCACAUAUGUUUGCAUUUCCAUAGCACUGAGCAGGAUUGCAUCAGGAGAGGAGCGACUCAAAGCUUUGAAAACUUGUACUUCUCACCUGAUCAUUGUGGCUAUUUUCUUCCUACCAAUAGUGGGCAUCAACAUAGCUGCAGUGGCCUCCGACAUCCAUCCUAACGCCAGGAUAAUAAACUCAUCGUUGACGCACACCAUACCAGCUUUGCUUAAUCCUAUUGUGUACUCUUUAAAGACAGAAGAGGUGUUGAACUCUGUAAAGAAGGUUUUCAAAAGAAGGCUUAGCAACACAACCUCAUCCAGAAAGGUGAACUCUUUAUCAGUGCUGUAUUGACAUAGUAGGGGGCAAUAGAAUAUUUGUGAUUUGUAAGUCUGUACUCAACUUCUCACAAAUAAGUACUACAGGUUUACUAUUAAAAUGGCUAUUAUGUGGUAUCUUGUCAAUAAAUGUUUUUUUUCUGUUGCAUUAUCCAUAUGACUGUAUGAUCUCCCUUGCAAAAUUAAAUCAGGGAUUUUAACAUGUUGUGAAUGUACACCGCUGAACAAAGUUAUUUGGGGAAAAGAAACAAUUCAUCUACAACUGUACCAGCAACUGUUGUUUUACAAUGCUUCACUGUAUGUUUAUAUGUAUACAUAUAUAUAUGAUAGAUAGAUAGAUAGAUGUGUAUAAAUAUAUAUAAAUAUAUAAUAUAAUAUAGCAGAUUUAGACCCAAAAUAUGCCAUUUUGCAUACAUCUGUUUUCAAAUCUAGGAAAUUGUACAUUCAUAAUGUGUUAAUAGGUUGGAGGUCAUACUUUGAGUUUGUUAACAUGAUGAUGGUGGUGAUGUAGGGAGCUGUCUGGCAUACAAUACUAGACCUCUGUUAUGAAUUGUAUGUGAUAUAAAAACUGACUGCUAUUCAAGGCACAUGCUUCUGCUGGUGCAUCUCAACGCAGCUCUUAAACUUGUUAAAUAAUUGAGUGUUGUUGACACCUCAGACUUAAAUAGUCGAGGUUGGUUGUUGGGCCAAGAUUGCAAUUGAAAAACAUCCUAUCUGCCAAUACUGCAACUAAUCUAAGAAGUUUAUUUGAUUUUACGAGGACUGAUAUGGCACAAUGAAAAGCAUUAGUGACUGAUUGUCAGACUCAGCUUGAUUAAUAGCCCUUACAUAGCCUGGUGGUGUGUUUUGGGUCCCUGUCUUGUUGAAAAACAACUGAUGGUUCAAAUAAGCACAAACCAGAUAGGAUGGUGUGUCGCUGCAGAAUGUUGUGGUAGCCAUGCGGGUUAAGUGUGCCUUGAAUCCUGAAUAAACUGCCAACAGUGUCACCAGAAAGACACCCCCACACCAUCAUACCUCCUUCAUGCUUCACAGUUGAAACCACACAUGCAGAUACCAUCCAUUCACCUUCACUGCAUCUCACAAAGACACAGCGAUUGGAACCAAAAAUCUCAAAUUUGGACAUAUAAGACCGAAGUACAGAUUUACACUGCUUUAAUGUCCAUUCCUUGUGUUUCUUGGCCCAAGCAGUUCUCUUCUUCUUAUUGGUCUCCCUCAGAAGUAGUUUCUAUGCAGCAAUUCAAACGUGAAGGCCUCAUUCAUGCAUUCUCCUGCACUCUCCAUGAACAGUCUAUGUUGAGAUGUGUCUGCUACUUGAACUCUGGGAGGCAUUGAUUUGUGUUCUAAGGUGCUAUUAAGUGGCGAUUUCUGAGGCUGAACUAACUCUUUGUCUUCAUUUCCCGGGACAGUCCUUAUUAUUUUUUAUUUUUUAUUUUUAUUUUUUUAUCUUGAUGUGCAGCACUUUGGAAACCUUGUGUUUGUUAAAAUCGUGCUAUAUAAAUAAAGUGGAUUGGAUUGGAUUGGAUGAGCACAGCAUUCGAUGGUUUUUACGACUGCACUUGAAGAAACUGUUAAAGUUCUCGAAACUACGCGGAUUGACUGACCUUCAGUAAAAUGACAGACAGUCAUUACGCUUUAGUUAGUUGAGCAGUUCUUGCCAUUAUAUUCAUUACUACAAUAGUCAAAUAAGGCUAUUUUCUGUAUACCAACACUACAUCAACACAACACAACUGAUGGUCUCAAAUGCAUUAGGAGGGUUAAGAUAGUGCCAAUAGUGUUCAAAGCUGUCAUCAAGGCAAUCAGUGGAUACUUUGAGGAAUCCAAAAUAUGAAACAUAUUUUUGUUUGUUUAACAGUUUUUGUUCACUUAAUGGUUCCAUAUGUUAUUUCACAGUUUUGAUGUCUUUAAUAUUGUUGUGCAAUAUAGAAAUAGUACUGUUAUGGCACCUGAAGACUCCCUAGUGUUUCCCUGUUUUUCCCCUUCCCUGUGUUCCCGUCUGUCUCUCUCUCUGUUUAUGUUUGUGUGGGCGUGUGUGUGUUGGCCUGGGCAUGGUUCUCCUGGCUCCCAGCUCUACACUCCUGUCUGCAAUCAGCUCAUCACCUCUCCCAGUCUGCUCACCUUCCUCCCAUCAAUUCAUCAGCUUGCAGUGUAUAUAUAUAACGGCCCUUCAUCCACUCAUCGCCAGAUCGUUGUUUCUACUCAAGUGUGUUCCUGGACCAUCGCUCGCCUGCCUGCUUGCCCGCUCUCCAGCCCACUAGCCCCUUCUCCAUUCUGCCAGCCCUUGCCAUUCUCCCUCACUCCUCUCAGCCCUCCAGUCCUCUGCCUCAGCCCGCUUCAUCCCCACUCUAUCCACCUCCAUUCCUCCACUUCCCUGGCAAUAAAACCUUAUUUCAUUCACCGUC